CAAAUAAGUAAAUCAAAAUCAUUUAUUAAAUAUUUAUCAUCAAUGACUUUUUCCACAAAAUCCUCAUUAUGGAAUGAUAUUGAAUUAAAAGGUAUUUUAUCAUAUAAAACAAUAUCAUCAAUUCAAUCAUCAAAUAAAACAAAUGUAUCAAGAAAAUUAUUUCAAUCGAAUACAACAGAUCAAUUAACAAAUAAAUUGACAAUAAAUCGAAGUAAAUCAGAUGGAAUUGUUGAAAAUAAUCAUAUUAAAUUAGGUCCAUGCACAAUGUUUUAUCGGAAAUUGUAUGAAUAUGUCUUAUCUCAUCUUGAUCUUAUUUGUUAUCGUUUAUAUGGAUCUCAAUCAAAUAAAUUUGAAAGAAUCAUUUGGAAUUUAUUUGAAAAUUAUACUCAAUUAUUAUUUUGUUCACGAUUAAUUCAAGUAUAUAAAUCCGAGUGCCUAGUUCGAAAUUAA